UCCUCUCUUUCCGGCCUGUCAGUAUAUUACUCAUUGACUCGUCUUCCUGUCAGAAACAUCGAGAUGAUGGCUGCAUCCUGCGUGAGCGACAGCGCGACGGAGCGCAUCGGAUACAUCACCAGGGUGCAGUGCUUCAGCGCUUGUCACCGACUCCACAGCAUUCACUUGAGCGAUGAGGAGAACAAAGGAGUUUAUGGAAAAUGCAACAAUCCCAACGGUCACGGACACAACUACAAAGUGGAGGUAACGGUGCGUGGAAAGAUUGAUCGUGUCACUGGUAUGGUCAUGAACUUAACUGACUUGAAGAGGUGCAUUGAGGAUGUCAUCAUGACUCCACUGGACCAUAAAAACCUGGAUAAGGAUGUGCCAUACUUUUCCACUGUUGUCAGCACAACGGAGAACUUGGCUGUUUAUAUCUGGGACAACAUGGUGAAGGUGCUCCCACCCAAUCUGCUCUACGAGAUUAAGAUUCAUGAGACAGAUAAGAACAUUGUUAUAUAUCGAGGAGAGUAGACGUCCCAGUGCUGAUAGAAUGUGAAGUUUGGUUUGGUAGCCAUGGACAUGUACAAGUGCAAUUAAUUGCUGUUUAUCUAACAUCACUGUUUGCCCACUGGUGUCUGGUUAGGUGAACUGACGAAGGUUUAUGAAGGCUGAUCGAUCAUAUUUGGGGGUUAAUAUUGUGACAGUUGCACUUUAUGGACCAAAUGUUUUGUAGUGAAUCUACAUCUUUGUAUUCUUAUAGAAUUUCUGUUCUUAUAAAGGGGAAAUUCUUAUUUUAGACAAGUGAUUCUCAGCCUUUUGGGUGUAAUUACAGUGUGCAUUUUUCUAUUGGCUGUAACCAAGUCAACCAAAUAGCAAUUUUUGUUUUAUUUAUUAUUAUUAUUAUUAUUAUUAUUAUUAUUAUUAUUAUUAUUAGGAAUAUGUCUUUUAAGUAGCAUAAGUGUUUUCUGCUUCAUCUCAUGACCCCUUCAGCUUUAUCUGGUGACCCUUUCAGGGUGCCAACCCUCAGGUUUGGUAAACCUUUAUGUAGACCUUCACAGGAACCCUAAACUGUCCGAAGAAACCCCAACUACUAAUAAACCAUUCAUAUAUGUGGAAUCAAAUUUUACGUUUUACACAUAAUUUUUAUCCUCAUUUUGGGAAGUUAGGCUCUUUUACGCUAAAUUUGCCAACAGUGUUUGACUUGUAAAUGUAGGAUAGGAGAAAGACAAAUGACAACACUGAAUCAGUUUUCUGUAUAGCUCAGAUCCCACUUUUGUAAAACAGUGACACCUAGUGGUACAAAACUGUCCCUCUCAAUUCGUUGCAUUAAACCUGAGUUCUACCAGUGCUGUGAUAAAACGGUCUCUUUAAAUAAAAGUGAG